CCCUGUCAGCGCGGGAGGGAGGGACCGGGGCGGGCUCCGGCGGGGUGCGCGGCCGGGGCCCGGGCCCCCGGAGCGAGCGGUCGGAAUGCGGUGCGGGAAGAUGGCGGCACCGCCGCCGCCGCCGCCAGCCGGGGCGGCGGGCGCUUGGGGCGGCGUGCGGCGGCGCUGCCAGCGGCUGCUGUACUGGGUGCCGGUGCUCUUCAUCUCCAGCAUCCUCUGCUGGUCCUACUACGCCUAUGUCACCCAGCUCUGCCUGCUGACAAUGACAAAUAUUGGAGAAAAAGUUGUGUGCCUGGUUGCUUACCACAUAUUUUUCAUGCUGUUCGUCUGGUCAUAUUGGAAAACAAUCUUUACGCUACCAAUGAAUCCUUCAAAAGAAUUUCAUCUAUCGUAUUCAGACAAGGAAUCCCUAGAGAGGGAACCUAGAGGUGAAUCCCAGCAAGAAGUCUUAAGACGGGCAGCCAAGGAUCUUCCUAUCUAUACACGGACAAUGUCUGGAGCAAUCAGAUACUGUGACAGAUGCCAUCUUGUAAAACCAGAUCGUUGCCAUCACUGUUCUGUAUGCGACAAAUGCAUCUUGAAAAUGGAUCAUCAUUGCCCUUGGGUGAACAACUGUGUAGGUUUCUCCAAUUACAAAUUUUUUCUUCUCUUCUUGGCUUACUCGCUACUGUAUUGCCUUUUCAUUGCUGCAACGGAUUUACAGUAUUUUAUCAAGUUUUGGACAAAUGGCCUUCCUGAUACUCAAGCCAAGUUCCACAUCAUGUUUUUAUUUUUUGCUGCAGCUAUGUUUUCUGUCAGUCUGUCUUCUCUCUUUGGGUAUCACUGUUGGCUUGUGAGCAAGAAUAAGUCUACAUUAGAGGUAUUCAGAGCUCCCAUAUUUCGUCAUAGAACAGACAAGAAUGGCUUCAGCUUGGGCUUCAGCAAAAACCUAAGGCAGGUGUUUGGUGAUGAGAAGAAAUACUGGUUGCUGCCUGUAUUUUCAAGUCUAGGGGAUGGUUGCUCCUUCCCAACUUGCCUUGUUAAUCAGGAUCCUGAGCAAGCUUCCACACCUGGUGGUCUUAAUUCAACAUCCAAAAAUGAGAACCACCUGUUUCCUGCAAAGCCAUUGCGUGAUUCCCAGAGCCACCUUCUUACGGAUACACCGUCUUGGUCAGAAACCAGUGCAAAGGCUGAAAAGGGCAAAGUUGGUAUGAGCAAUCCUGCAUUAACCAUGGAAAAUGAAACCUAAUUUCUCUUGAAAGAAACAUCUGAAUAUGUAAGGAAAGUUCAAGAAAAAGCUGUUGUUGGAAGGAAGAUGCAUUCUUCCAAAUAUCAGCCCCGUGGGCCAGCUGCUCCUGUCUGCUCCUGUGUGGAUGUGCUCAGAAAACAAACUGACAGAUGAUUAGCUGUCUCCAUGUCACUGCUUGAAACAUGAAACUAAACAUACUACUUCUGAACCAUAUAAAGAAUGUUUCAACUUAAAAUUACUGGUUUUGAAUGGUAAUGGAUGAUUCUGAGUAUUAGGAAAUGAAAAAAAAAAAAAGGAGUCUGAGUUUACAAUUGUAAAAACACAAUGGCUGGUUUUACUUUGCUGAUCAGCACAAGAAAAAUGUGACCUCCUUACAUAUCAGUCCAUAUUCUUGCCUUGGUUUUGAAAACUCACCCGUUAAUUCCAAUUGCUGUAAGUAGCUGACUUUAAAAUCAAACUUUUGCACUACUGGCUUCAUGAAUUGGGAGAACGGCCAGUGUUGAUUAUGAAUAAUUUAGUGGUUUGGUGGACUGUAUUUUCUUUUGAGCGCUUGAUAAGCAAUUUUUGAAGAUAAGGAGACCUAAGUGAAGUGUCUGACUGUUUUUGGAAUGCUUUUGGAAAACACGGUUGCAAAAGCUCUGUUUACCUUCAGAUCUACACUACCAAUAGUUUGAAAAGUUGCGGAGGGGGAAAAAACUCCUUUGUUAAUUGAAUGCUAUAGUGGGUCGCUGGUAAGUGGAGCGAUAAAAAGCCUGUGUUCAGAUGGGUAAUACAUAAAUGAAACUGGCCAGCUAGGGAUUUUGAUGGGAGCUGCACAGGACAGUGCUAUGAAAUGGGGAUUUUAUUGUCCCAUUUGGAGCUGUGAACCCCUUUGGGAAAUGAAUGUUGGCACUUAACUCUGAUCCAAAAGGCUUUUUACCAACCUGUGUUCCUGAGGGCAGCUGUGUUUCAAAAUCCUAGUUUCUUAUUAAUCAAUAGUUGUCUCAGAUUUCUUUUUUUCACUUGUUCUUUAAGACACUGCCUUUCUUACUGCAUAACUUAAUGAAUAUCAUGUACAAUCAAGGGGACUUACUGUUAUAACUUGUGAUAUUUGCAUUUACAGGACAACAGACUUCUGAUUGCAAUACCAAAAAGCCAAGCUGCUGCACAUAGGAAAACCCCUUCAAUUAAGUUAGGAGCUAGCAGCUGUCUUAGGAUCAGAUAAUAAAAGAUGCAUUAUCAGCUUUCAAAGUCAAGGAAGUUUCAGCAACACAAAUCUAACUGUCUUGUGCCUUUUGGAUACACUACAUUUAUGGUAUCAGUGUUUACAUUUAAAUGCAAAUUGUUAUUCUGAAAACAACUUUAGGAGGAACUUAGUUACGCUUUCUAGGUGGCUAGAUAGAGACUAGUCCAAAAAAGAAGAAAAAAACCCAAACCUCUCAGACUAAGCUUAGUUCAGUUGAAGCAGAAAAGUACUUCUGUUAUCAAACCUGAGUCACUUACUUACUUCACAGGUUCACGGUGUAAAGAUGCCAGUUGUUUGUUUAGAAAACUGGCAGCAGGACUAAGUGACAGAUCUCUGAAAGCAAAAAUCGUACCAUUAACUCUUCUACAGGCAGGUAACUUUACAAUUUGUCUUUCCUGGGUUUACAACUUAAGCGAUAGCUGUUGGAGCACAAAUGUGGCUUUUUUCGAGUGAGGGAAAAUGUAUUUAUUUUACUUCCUUUUUUCUUUUUUUAAUCUCAAAAUUUUACCAGCCUGAAAACAUCUGAUUCUUGCCAGAAGUGCCAGAGUGUGGAUCCCUUGAUGUAGAACACCUUUUUUAAACUAGCAUGAAGGUAGCAUACAGUUUACAUGAUGCCUGCAGACAUCUAGCAACCAAAAGUUUUUCGCAGCUAUUUAUUCAGUGUUGUUCUGUCAGCUUACCUUGUGUUAGUGUUUGUUUAAAGGCUAACUUGUCAAGGGGUAAGGGGGAGAGGGAAAAUAUAUUUUUUAACACUUCAGGUUCUCUAUCUGUAUAGUCUUGUUUUUUACGUAGUUAGUCACAGGGUGGUUUGUCAUGGAGCAUGCAUUUGAAAAUACUGAGUUAAAAAGUUGAAAUUCAGCUUCAGUGUAACUUGCUCCGUAUUUUUACAUAAAGACAAAGUACAGAUUUCUUCCCCAGCAAAACUCAAAAUGGAAAUGGCACUCUCUAAUACAGAUGUCAGCUUCCCUGACUAUGUCCAGGGCGCUGAGAGCUCUUAGUAAGGCUGGGGAUCAAUGUAGAGAAAGGACAGGGAUAAGGGAUCAAGAAAGGCCUGGCUUCAAUGUGUCUCAGAAGUCACACUUGGAAAGCACAAUAGCCCUAAAUAAUCUGCAGCUUUGAUGUAGCCAGAGGCUGUCCCUCUAGCAGAAAACUGAUGGAGGCAUGGGAAGCAUAUGCUGAUGAAGGGAGGAGAAGGGGAAAGAAGUGAUGGCAGCUCAGAGGUAAACGUUCAGCAGAUCUGAGCCAGAGGGCUGUAGCUACACCUGCUCUCAGGAUGGGUAUGAGCUGUGCCUCUGUGAAGAGCACCAUCAGCAGGCUUUUGAGGGUUCCUGGCAGUUCUCCCUGUAUAGAGUAUGGACAAAAGUGAGCUAGUCGUGCUCCAAAGUAUAAUUUCCAAUAUGACUAUAUUCUUGGCUUUAAACUCUCUAAUACUUUAUACAGCAAAGUGAAAAUGGUCUUUUUGACAUAUUGUCAUUGAGCAUCGCUGCUGUUACAAUGCACACAGGAGAAUUUGUGAAGAGGUAAGGGGAGCAAGGAUGCAAUGUUGUUUGUCCGCUUACACUGAUUCUCCUGUUCUUUAUAUUCUUGCUAGGCACUUUACUACAGCCUUUUGUGUAAUUUCUGUAUUUUUUUUAAAGACUGCUUUUUACCUACUGUACAGUUACUAAUCUACUUUUUUGCUAAAAAGAAAAUAAUAGCCGUGAUAUUUCUCUAGCAGUAGACUGCAUUUCAAGCUUCAGUGGAAGUUGGAUGAGUUCUACAGACUCCUCAGAUGGGCCCGAGUCCCUAAUGACAACAGAGUUAAAUUUAUUUUGUAUAUAUGUAAACAGUCAUAUGAAUCAUAGCCCCCCACAUGCAUAAGAAGCUUCCUUCGUUUGUAGGUUAGAACAAAUCCAAUACAUGUCUGCACCAGAAGUGGUCCAUACAUAUUCUAUGUCAGUUGAUGUACUGGUGAUAGAGUGCUCAAAGUCUUCACAUAUUUUUAUUAAGAAAAUAGAACACCUAGAUUUUGGUGAGCUCCUCCCACUGAGCAAUUAGACACAGCUGCUGCUAUGCACUUUAAUUCUUUAACUUGAGAGAAAAAACACUGCAGUUUAAGUUGCAGAUUGAAAGUUCUUUAGUAGCCUACAGCUGUGGGCAGGUAGUUAAUGAAAUACUGCUAAUUAUUUUUAACUGUACUUAAAAUCAGAGUCUUCAAGCAAGACUUCAGAACGGUUGCAGGAAGUGAGUUUUUUUUUAGUGCAUGGUAUGCUGUAGCUGUUAAUCAUUAUUUGGACUAAGAGUUCUUGCCCUGAUUCAGUUGACUGGUGUGCUGGAGCUGGGGGGGAAUAUAUUUCAACAUAAAUUUAGUGUAUAACUGCCACUUAUUAAUGUAUUGCUUACAUAAAUAAAUGCUUCAUGUUCAGCAAGUCA